AUGGAGAACUAUAUGUACAACAACCUCACUUUUCAACUCGAGGAAUUGAGGGUCACUGAUACUCUCUUCAUAUUCCUGCUCUUUGGAUACAUGUUCAUCUUAAUUACCAAGGUGAGCAUUGUGGUCUUGAUAUGGACAGAGAGAAGCCUCCACCAGCCGCUGCAUCUCCUCUUCUAUAACAUUUCCAUAAAUUACGUCAUGGGGAAUUCUCUCAUGGUUCCGCGGGUGCUGGCAGACCUCCUGGUGACCUCCUACGAGCGCCUCAGCACCACACACCGACAAGCAUCACAGACCAUACUCAUGAUUAUGGCCUUUGAUAAUUACGUGGACAUCAGUUAACCUCUGCGAUAUAAUACGAUAAUGACCAACGGAAUGGUGAUGAAGCUGACGGUAUCUGCCUGGGGAGUAGCUCUUGUUUUGGUGGGGAUUCUACUCAGUCUGACCAUACGGCUGAACCGAUGUAGGACUCUGCUGAUCAUGAAGCCUUCCUGUGACAAUGCCUCACUGUUUAAACUCUGCCAGUCAUUACUGAUAAAUAACAUUAUGGGGCUAACUUUCACUGUUGUCCUGCUCUCAUCCUCCAUCGGCAGCAUAAUCAUCACCUGUUCUAAAAUCACAGUCGCCUGCCUGACCUGCAAGAGUAAGUCUUUGAUCAGUAAAACAUUGAAGACCUGCACUGCUGUCCAGUAUCUCAUCGUGCUGGUCAGUGGCUUGAUCCUCAUCGCCUUCCAGUACAGGAAGUGUUUAGCCAUUCUCUUCAACGUGUUCAAGUCGGUUAUCUACGGGCUGCAGCCCCGAGAAAUAAGUGGAAAGUGUUUAUCAAAUAUAUUUUUCACCUCUCGAGUCUGGAAGGAGUUUUGUCAGUCCCUGGGAGCCUCAGUCAGUCUGACUUCGGGAUAUCACCCCCAAUCAAACGGCCAAACAGAGAGAGCCAAUCAGGACAUGGAGUCAGCUCUCCGCUGCAUCACCGACAAGAACCCCUCAACUUGGAGCUCGCAUCUCACCUGGAUUAAGCCGGUUCACACCAGUGAAUUGAGCCCUCCGGCUCUACCCCCUCCUCCCGCCCGGAUUCUCGACAAUCACCCUGUCUAUACGGUGCACCGCCUUGUGGACGUCAGACGACGGGGCAGGGGUUUCCAGUACCUGGUGGACUGGGAGGGUUAUGGCAUCGAGGAGCGAUGUUGGGUCCCUCGUUCCCGUAUCAUGGACCCAAUCAUGGUCAGGGCCUUUCACAGGGACCAUCCGAACAAGCCUGGUGGUCGCCAGGUGGCUCCCAUUGAGGGGGGGGUACUGUGA